UUGACAGGCAGUAUGGCGGUGGCCGCGGGAGUGUGAGGAAGGGCUGCUGCUCCUCCGCUCUCACUGCUCACACCGCUCUCAAACCUUGUAUCAGAUCAUUCACGGUGUUGCUGCUGCUGCUGCUCCUGCUGAAGGUGGCUCUUAUGCUGCAAGCUACUCUAUCACACCAAGAUCGCACGUUCAGAAAGAUGCAUCGAUCGUACAGGAUACUGAAGCUCAAAGCUUAGGUGAAAAUAAUAUAUAUAUACCGAAAAAAAAAGUGUAAAAAAAACCUGUGGCCUGACCGCAAAAUAUCAAGCUUGAUUCUUGCGACAACUGUGUGAGCUUGCAAAAAUAUAUAUCUAACACUAGGAAAGAUUUUGUAAAAAUUCGGUGAAUGGACUUGAGGUGAUAGUAAAAGGACGUGGGGUGUCAACACUUGUCAUGUAAGGAUAUGACAGUCGGUGGAAAGCUGUCAACCACUGACAAGUAACUUCAUGAGUUUUUCCCCGACCUGUUUUUUUCCGUCCAUAUAGUUUUAAAACCACCACCACCACCACUCCCUGAUUAUAUAAUGUGACUCGUGGUACUGGAGUCCCAUGUACUGAAGUGACCGUAUAUAAUAAGAAACUUUAUAUAUAUAGUGCUCAAAGAGAUUGAUUGUUGUGGAGCAGUAUUAUGUACUUAAGACUCAUUAUAAUCUCUGGUACGGUAUUAAGUGGGGACCAUUUGAACUACUGAUACUAAAUCUGUGAUAUUUACUAGGGGAAGUGGCAAGCUGUAUGUAACUGGCUGAUUAAUGCACUUUUUUUAAGUUGAACUGCCACACACUUUCAAAGUCAGCCGUGUGAAGUUUAUAAAAUUAUAAUCUAUAUAAGUGGUUAUAGAAAGAUAGACAUCUGAUAAAGCAAACAGACAAUUUGCUGUCGAACACUCGCUCUGAAAUGCCUUUUGAGAAGCACUGUUCCUUGGCAGUGAAAUCCAAACAGUGUGUUGAAUGCAAGAAAGACUAACCUCGGGUAAAGUUCCACCCCGGGCACCGCCGGGUCCCACCACCAGAAUGCGAGUGACUGGUCUGGUGAGCGGGUACUGGGGAGGCGCCGGCGGUGUCGAGGACGAGGAGGUCGACGUCGAGGCCCAGUUCCCAGCACACACCCCUGGCACCACCCACCACGCUGCUCAACGGCGCCCUGGUGAGAAUGAGAAUGGAGCAGAAGGCAGUGGGUCUGACUCCCAGAGUGAGAGUGGCAUCAGCAGCAGUAGUGGGAGUAGCAUGAGCAUUGCUGGCCAAAAGCGUAAGAAAACUAGUUUGAGUGGGUCUACAGGUCCACCUCGACGAGGUAAAAAGAGAAGAUCUGGGAUAUCUGCUAGAGAAAGAAACCUUCGGCGACUAGAGAGCAAUGAACGUGAAAGAAUGAGAAUGCAUUCACUCAACAAGGCUUUCCAGGAGUUACGUGAAGUCAUCCCACAUGUGAAGAUGGACAGAAGGUUGAGCAAAAUUGAGACCCUGACACUGGCAAAACAUUACAUUAUGGCCCUCACCAACACCGUCUGUGAUAUGAGAGGUGACGAGAAACCAUACAAAUUUCUGGAGGCUUUUGUGAACCAGGAAGAUGAAAAUCCAGAUGAUGAUGAAGAGGAAGAAGAAGAGGAGGAGGAGGAAGAAGAAAUGGAAGAAAUCAAUAAUAAUGGUGUCACACAAGUCGUAUAAAUUAAACUUGAAGUACUCGAUGGGUGAGUUAAUUAGACCAAAGUUACAUCAUAUAUAUAUAAAAACUUUUAAUGUUUUGCGGUAUGCAAAUUUCAUUAAAGCGCAUAAAUAUGUUGGGGUCGGGGCAUGACGGUAACAAUCAUUAAACACAAUAGAAUGGUCAUUGCUAACUUGUAUUUCAUGUCAUCACAUUUUGAAACUGUACUAUUUAUUUUCUGUUUAUAAAUUGAGUGAAAUUCUUAAAUUGUGUGAUGUUGCUUUCAUGCCCCGACCCAUUAAUUAAUGCCCUUAAUAGGAAAUUAUGAAAGUGUUAUAUUAAAGAUUGAAUAUCUUCUUUGAGGUAAAUAUUAUCUGAAUUAUUUUGUAAUAUAAUUUUUAUAUCAACAUUAAUAUAACUAUUUAUAUUUAUAUAUAUAUUAACAAUGCUGUUAUAAAUUAUAGUAUCAAAUGCUUUAUUGGAGUGAUGUGGAUUGUGCAAUAUUGUUAUUUUAAGAAAUAAAAUGUAUGAAAAAAUUGAUAAUUAUAUAACAAAAACAACACAUCUUAACUUGCACAUUACAGCUUUCCUAGCAACUUGGUGAGCUUGUGCAAGAAGAGGGGAUUCAUGGGAAUAUUGCACAACAGCUCUCAAGAUGCCAUAAAUGAAAAAUAUUAUUUUUUAUGGGAAGAUAAAAUUAGUCUGGAGAUUUUUUGUUUUUGUUUUCUUCCCACUGAAGGCCCAGUGCCUCCCAUGUCAUGUGUGUGAACGGGGGUAAAAGUGUUGUAAACCUGAACACAAUUUAAAAUAAAAGUUUGAUGCCUCCUCCUCCUCUGUCAUUAUUUUAAUUUAAAAAAUAAAGAAUUAAGAUAGUUAUGGAGAGAUGCCAAACUUGCUUUAAAACUUAUAAGUACUAUUCCAUCUUGUGGAUAAUUUUUAACCAUUCCUGAUGUGAUGAAUUAUAAAGCAAUUAUAUUUUCUUACUGUUGUGCAGUGGAUUACUUUUGUAAAAAAAAAAAAAAAAAGUUGCAUACAUGAAUUUAAUAAAUGAUUUACUAUUUGCUUGGUGGACACAAUAGUUGCCCCUGGCAGGUACUGAUUACGCUUUACAAACCUUCGUGGCUAACAAUUAUACCAGCACUUAGUGUGUGGAUUAAAAAUGUACAGUAAACAUUUUACAAUUAUGUAAAAUCAUGGUCUACACUUGUAAAACUACACCUCACAAGCACAUGGUUGUGUUCGAAGGUUGGAACUGAAGCAAAUCAUGAAGUCCCAUCUCCAGGCUUGACAUUUGUUUCCACCACAGCUUAUGUAAAAUUAUAGAAUAACUUGUCUGUGCUAUUUGAAACUUUGUGCCUUAGUGAUACUUGUAUUUCGUGUGGUUGCUCUCUCUAUUGGUUGUGGUGGAUAUGCCUAUUUGAAGUAUUAUGCUUUGUAGACAAUACAUCUGCCUUAUGGUUAUUGAUUUCAUGUUUAUGCAUACCCAAUCAUUUUCAUUUAUACAUUCUAUUUGUUUCAAAGAUCAGUUUACUUCUCUAUUGCCAUUUUAUUAAUAUUUAAGUUUACCUACACAAUUUUUGUUAUACAUAACAUGCAGUCACACAAUUGAAGUAGGAAGCUUUUUCAUUAUGAUGGCUUGAGAAUUUGAUGAUCUAUCUACAUAUGAAUAUAUUCAUCAUUGCAUAUUAGAUAGCUGGCAUUAAAUUUGGCUCAUAUUGUCUUCCAAACAACAAAAGUAUUGUUCAUAGAUCUUAACUGCUGCAAAAGAAAACAGGAACUAUGGAACAGAGGAAUAUACCAUGCAAAUAGUAAAUUCAGGCAUUAUAUUUUUUGUUUUUCCAGUCAGAAAUAUACAUAAAACUGCAUUUAAUUCACUAGCCAUUUUCAAAAUAAAUAGUUCUUUAAAGACAACUAUUAUAUAUGUUACUCAAAUAUAAUUGAUGGCAGGGUUAAUUGCCACCAGAUACUGUUGAUGUGCUCCCAGGGAAGGUUUAAAUCUUGGAUUGAUCAUUAGUUUCUUAAGCUUUCCUUGUUGUGAGCAUUCUUGUCCUGGUUUGUGAGUCGGAGUUCAAAUCUUCGAUGAUCCAAGUGAAUUGAAUGUUAUUACCCAUGAUACUGCAGUUUAAAAUAAAUAUACUAUAAAUAUAUAUGUACAUAAAAACAGCAUAGUGAAAAACCAGUAUGGCAAUGUUUCUUUGUAAGCUACAUAAAAGUAAAUUUUAUUUGGAAGUCACGCAGUUGGUUUGAGGUUUAUUUCAAUCAUAUCCUAUCAGAGUAAUAUAUUUUGUAUUGUUAAUGUUCUUUCCCCAUGAACUACCAAAGAUUAAGAACUCAGAAUGUUGUUUUAAUGAAGUACUAGUGCAUACCGACUAAUUAAACUGAGCUUCACAAUGAAACAUUUUCAAUCCAGCACUACUUCAAUGACUUGCAAAAUGGUCAUGAAGGCAGACACAGUAUUGUGAAAAUAAUAUAUUGCAGAUUGAAGAUUUUUAUCUUUAUAAUAAAAUUUAUUGUAUGAGGUAA